UUUGUUGAGACGGUAGUAAUAUAUCCACAUCACAUAGUGCCUGCCCAAUGAACAGGAGAAGAAACAUCUACAUACUCCAUCAACAUGAUCCCCCUCUUCCCAACAACCUGUCUCCUUCUCUCCCUCCUCUUCCUCCUCAUUCAGCACCGCAAGGGCAUUCGUUCUAUAUUGCGGAAAUAUACUUCUCCGAACUACUCCCGCCUACCCAUCCACCAGCACGAAGUCGAACUGGAUCAUCUUCACCGGUAUGUAUACUACCAGGACUACUAGUAGUACACCCCCCACGUUCCAUGACCAACCACAUCAGAUUUACCAAUGAACACAACAUCCUACUACUGCAGGGAUCCCCAUUUCACCACCAAUGGCCAUGUUGCUCCCCCCGCAACCCCUCUCUCUCGAUACUUUGACCCGGAUACAUCCGUUCUAUACCCGGAGGUGAUGGAGCCGCCCUUCCCAGUUAUUCCGGAGAUGGAAGAAGAUUGUUAUUCUGUGGGUGGAGAUGAAGAUGAAGAUGAUGAAGGGGAGUGGGUUGAUGGGGUGGUGGAUUCAGUGGUGAAGUGGGUGGUGGAAAAGGUACAGGAGGGACCACCUUCUUCUGGUUAUACUAGUUGAGCUGGUGGAUUGUUC